AUGAAUCGAUUCGUACUUAGAGGUGUAAGCCGCGCCGCCGACGGGUCUUUGUUUCCUUGCACCACGGUGACGGCUGGACGUCGGCUCUGUACAAGUGAACAAAGAUCGUCGGCGGCGCGGCUUACACCUCUAUUCGUACUUGUACAAAAUACUAUUUUACCUGUAAUUUAUUCUUUAACAUCAUUAUUAGUACUUAUUGGUAGUGGACUUAUAUAUCGAUACAACAAGAGUAUAUUUUUACUUAAUCUUGCAAUAGCUGAUACAUUAUCAGAUUUAACAAUUCCAAUUCAAUUUAUAUUUCGUUCAAAAUAUUUUUUGAAAAAAUGUUCUUGUAGUUUAUAUAUAUGUCUAUUAAGUAAAUCAAUAGAAAUUCUUGGAUAUAAUGCAUCAACAUUAACAAUAUGCAUAAUUGCUGUUGAUCGUUUUCAUCUUGUAUAUAAUCAAUUAAAACAGCGUCAUCGAAUAAAAAUUCGUUGUGCUCUUUUAUUUAUAUGGAUUUUACCUAGUCUAUUUUCAACAAGUGGUUUAAUAUCAAUUAAAGUCAAUACAUAUUUUAAUUCAUAUCAACAAUUAAUUAGUUGUCAAAUACUUUUUUUUCCAUUAACAGCGAAAAUAUUUUUCUAA